AUGAAGCUGCUCUUGGCCAACAUCUCUCUACCCCAAUACCCGAUCAGCGGCAACCAGAGCCAAGAGCGAACACGAAGCCGCCAAGCCCAUCCGUUCCGCACAAACACAAAAACGUUGGCGGCCAUGAUGAUCAAACAGCAUCCAGGCCUUGGUGAGCAGUCCGUCACGCCGCUUCCCUCACAAACAAGCGCACUGCUGAUCCAGUCCCCCUCCCCCCCCUCCUCCCCCAACUUUUCACGACUGGAGCUCCGAAUAUCUUCGUACGACACACCACCGCACGAUCCUGUCUCAUCAACCACCGUCACACACACGUCUCGUCACAUCAUUCCGCCCAUCCCAGAUCAAACCCAAGAGCAGCUGAAACACAUCGAUCACCCAGGCACCCCGUGGCAGACCCCGUGGCGGCGGCAGCCACCAAAACGCACCCCACAAGCCAAGCUGCCACCAGAAGCAAACUCCACGAACCAGGUUCCGCACGUUUUCCCUUUCGGACCCCCAAGUCCGCAAGGCUCUCGGGGUGAACCGACAGCAGGAACAGACGUCGGCGACUACAGCACGGCCACCAAGCGCACCCUGUCGGCAGGCGUCCUCGACGGCGUCCCGUCCCAGGAGUCCAGGACUCGAAGGGUGCUGGCACCAAGACGACUACUCCUACUACACGUCCGUGUGCCUGUGCGCCGUGCCACGAUGCCGCGCCGUGCAGAUGAGUCAAUUCCCGAAGAGCAGGUUCGUGGUGCCUGCGGUGUGCCCCGUGUGUUUGUGCGAUGCGUCACUGGGGGUUCAGUCCAGGGAGGUGUAUUCUGCUCCCCUUUGGCACGAGGCGGCAGAGACGACAGCUUUUCUUCCGUCCCUCAUACACUCCGGUAUAAAAACUGUGAACCAUGCAAUGGACAAGCCCGCAUCUCUGACGAUCUGACAACGGCACGGAGCAUGCGCCCGCCGAGACGCAUAUACGCGCAUCGACAUGACAGAAACACCAGCAUGUCAUUUUCAGAACGGCAAGCCCCCUUCCCCCUCCUCCCCCCUCCCCGGGCGCCAUUCAUCACCACAACGUGGUUCAAGCGCGGAGGCACCUCCCAGGUACCGGAAAACGAGGCCAACAGAGCGGGAGGAAAUCACUCCACGGGAGCAGUGUAUCCCCUCGCUAUUGCCGCCGCCGCCCUCGACCAACGCGAGAGCCCGCACAGAUGCUCACCCAUCCGAGGUGACCUCGGGCUUCGGGCGGGAAAGAGUGGGAAAAAGUAG